AUGUGCCAUGGAAUAUAUGAGGUUUCCAUUAAUAGGCUUGAUGUCAUUUUAUUCUUAUAUGCUAAAUUAUUUCUCUGUCCAAAGUUCUUGCAUACCAACUCUACCAGUCACACCUGGCCUUUCAGUGCAAUUGCAGAACUUAUAGAUAAUGCUUAUGAUCCAGAUGUGAGCGCUAAGCAGAUAUGGAUAGACAAAACGGUGAUAAACGACAAUAUAUGCUUGACAUUCACUGACAAUGGAAAUGGUAUGAACUCAGAGAAGCUGCACAAAAUGCUAAGCUUCGGUUUCAGUGAGAAAUCCGUGAUGAAUGGCCGUGUUCCAGUGGGGCUGUAUGGAAAUGGGUUUAAAUCGGGGUCCAUGCGCCUGGGAAAAGAUGCGAUAGUCUUCACCAAGAAUGGAGAAACCAUGAGUGUGGGCCUGUUAUCUCAGACUUUCCUUGAAGUCACAAAAGCAGAACAUGUCAUGGUUCCUAUAGUGACAUUCAACAACCACCGACAGAUAAGUGAUCUAACAGAAUCCAAAAACAACCUGAAGGCCAUCUUAACACAUUCUUUAUUUUCUACGGAGGAGAAAUUACUGGCAGAGCUAGAGGCUAUAAUGGGGAAAAAAGGAACAAGAAUUAUCAUUUGGAACCUGAGAAGAGAUAAAAAUGAAAAAACAGAAUUUGACUUUGACAAGGAUAAAUAUGACAUCAGAAUUCCAGAAGACUUGGAUGAAACAGGCAAAAGAGGAUAUAAGAAACAAGAGAGACUGGACCAGAUUGUUCCAGAAAGUGACUACUCACUGCGAGCUUAUUGCAGUAUUUUGUAUCUGAAGCCAACAAUGCAGAUCAUUCUGAGAGGACAAAAAGUGAAAACACAGCUGGUUUCCAAAAGCCUUGCCUUCAUUGAACGUGAUAUAUAUAGGCCGAAAUUUUUGAAUGCUAGAACAGUAAGAAUUACAUUUGGAUUUAACUGCAGAAACAAAGAUCAUUAUGGAAUAAUGAUGUACCAUAAAAACAGACUCAUCAAAGCUUAUGAAAGAGUUGGCUGUCAGUUAAAGGCAAACAACAUGGGUGUUGGUGUAGUUGGGAUUAUUGAAUGCAACUUCCUAAAACCAACUCAUAACAAACAAGAUUUUGACUACACAAAUGAAUACAGACUUACAAUAGCAGCAUUAGGAGAAAAGCUUAACGAUUACUGGAAUGAAAUGAAAACAAAGAAAACCGAGGAAUAUCAGUUAGCCUUGCCGGUUGAGGAGAUACAAAAACAGCCUGAUCAGACAUGGGUACAAUGUGAUUCAUGCCUGAAAUGGCGGAAGCUGCCAGAUGGCAUAGAGCACUUGCCAGAGAAGUGGUUCUGCUCACUGAACCCUGACCCACAAUUCCGGAAUUGUAAUGUACCAGAAGAACCAGAAGAUGAUGACUUAAUACAUCCUACCUAUGAGAAAACUUACAAGAAAAAAGACAGGGAAAAACUGAAGAAGCGACUAGAGUACAGCUACCAGAUCAAUAAUGAAAUGUUUUUAAAAACACCUGUUUCUUCAAGUAAAGACUUCAAAACUUUUUCACCUGUGAGUGGAAAGGAAGCUGUUCCAAGAUCACCUUUACCAGAAACAUCACAUGCUUCUGUCAAAAGACCUCUUCUGAUUUUAAGUAGAUCAGUAUCUUCACCUCAUUCUGAUUCUGAUAACAGUCUUAAACGGAAGACACCUAGCUGUGUGACACCUGUGUCUUUGAAGACACCUCGAUUAAAUGACAAGACGUUCAACAGCCAGGAAGAUGAUGAUGAAGAUGUCAUUAUUGUAGAGGAGAGCAGUACUCCAAAGCCUUCAGCAGAUUCUGAGGUUCCUGUAGUAAAAACUGAAUGUAUUAAUUUGGAUCAAGAGGAGAAGCAGAAAGAAAACUGUGAUGUUGGAGAACCUUGCAGUGCAGCCACUUCAGAAUCAAAAAGUGAACAGCUGACCUCAGCAACACAGACAGAGCUCCCAAGUGUAGUUGUUAAAAAGGAAGAGGUGGAAGAUGACACCGAUAUCCCAGACCCCAGGGCAGAGGUGGAAACUAAACAGCACAAUGUUAAUGAUGUUUCUGAGACAUCUGUAGAUCUUGGAACUGAACUGAAAAAUCAGCUGCAAUUAUUAAACAAAGAAAAAGAAAUGUACCAGAGCAAAUGUGAAGUAUUAACCAAACAGGUAGAAACACUGGAACAGAGGAUUGUAGAAAUGAAUAAUAAGUAUGUAAAAAAAGAAAUGUGCCAUCAGUCAACUGAGACAGUUUCUUUAUUUGAAGAAGAAAAUGUUCAUCAAAGAAGUUUGGCAGAAGUGACCACCCUCUAUGAACAGGCCUUAGAAGAAAUAGCAAAACUAAAGGAACAGUGCAGUACGCUGCAGAACUUAAAAACUGAAUGCAGCAAGUGUGCUGAUGGUGAAAGUAAGAGCGAGGUAGAUGAAAUUGCUGUGCAACUUGAUGAUGUUUUCAGGCAACUGGACAAGUGCAGCAUUGACAGAGACAGAUAUAAAAGUGAGAUUGAACUACUAGAAGUGGAAAAAAAUCAAAUUGCCUGUCAAUGUGAAGAACUUAAAGCAGAAAUUGCACAGUUAAAAGCUUCGAUUCCACAAGCAGUAGCAUGUGCAAAUGAUUCUACCACCAGUAAUGUAGAAGACUCUGUAAAUUUUUCUGAUGGAGAAAGCCUGAAACUGCGCUCUCUUCGAGUGAAUGUUGGACAACUACUGGCUACAAUCAUGCCUGAUCUAGACUUGCAGCAAGUAAAUUAUGAUAUUGAUGUAGUAGAUGAAAUUUUAGGACAAGUUGUAGAGCAAAUGCAUGAAAUCAGUAGCACUUAGUAUCUUAAGAUUUUUAGCAGACUGUUACUUGAUCUUCCAUUAUAACCUUUGUGUAGGUUCAAAAUUAUAUAUACUGCUUCUUCACUUUAUAUAUUUGACAUAGUUUGAUCGAUAAGUGUUUAUACUCUAUGCGUUUAGGUGUUCCCACAGAUGCAGCGGG